AUGGUCACUCGGGAUCGAGCGGAGAAUAGGGACGGCCCCAAGGUGAGAGGUAGCGUGGCCGAGCGGUCUAAGGCGCUGGAUUUAGGCUCCAGUCUCUUCGGAGGCGUGGGUUCGAAUCCCACCGCUGCCAAGAUGGAGUUUUUCUGGUGGCCUGUGUACCCCCAUAUAGAAGUCCUGACCGCCCGCCACCGCCCCGCACCGGCCAGUGUCUGGCCGCUGCGGGGGAAGGGCCGCAGAGGCGGGGCCGCUGCAGUACCGGCUCUGGCCGCGCGGGGCCGCUGCCGGCUGCGGGCCUCCCAGGCGGAUCGCUCUCCCAGCAGUGGGACUCUGGCUCUUGAUAUCCAUCUGGGUGAGCCCGGUCCUCCAGCCAGAGAGACCGGCUGUUCCAGAGGUCAGCAAACAAGUAUAAGGGGAGGAGAGAGAGCCCGCGUGAUCUCAGACAGCUCAGGAGAUCUGGGGGUCCAGAACCUGAAGGAGCUCGAGCUGGGCAUCCUUGGAAGCCCUCCCCACCCAAAGCUCUAUGGUGCAAUAGCCCUCAAUCCACUGAUAGCAGGGGAACUGGGUGCAGGUGCCAUCGGGGGCCUUGACACAAAUGAAGCUGCAAAAGCAAAGUUUCGCGAGAAGGCCGUGGUGGGGAGGGACCGGCUGGUGGCAGGCUUCCGAGCCAGCCCUAGCAGCUGGGGCUUUGUCCUGUCCUUGGGCAUGAAACUUCGAGGACUGCUGGACCGCAAGGGCUCCUGGAAGAAGCUGGAUGACAUCCGGAAUAUCUUCUGGUGUCACAAGACCGUCACUUCAGAGUAUGUCACCGAGCACUGGUGUGAGGACCCGUUCUUUGGGUACCAGUAUUUGAAUGGUGUCAAUCCCGUCAUGCUCCACUGCCUCUCCAGCCUGCCCAGCAAGCUGCCUGUCACCCAUGACAUGGUGGCCCCCUCGCUGGGUCCGGACACCUGCCUGCAGACAGAACUAGAGAGGGGGAAUGUCUUCCUAGCGGACUACUGGAUCCUGGAGGAGGCCCCCGUCCACUGCCUCAACGGCCGCCAGCAGUACGUGGCCGCCCCGCUCUGCCUGCUGUGGCUCAACCCGCAGGGGGCGCUGGUGCCCUUGGCCAUCCAGCUCAGCCAGAACCCCGGGCCCCAAAGCCCCAUCUUUCUGCCCACUGACUCCUACUGGGACUGGCUGCUGGCCAAGACGUGGGUGCGCAACUCGGAGUUCCUGGUGCACGAGCACAACACGCACUUUUUGUGCACGCAUUUGCUGUGCGAGGCCUUCUCCAUGGCCACACUGCGCCAACUGCCGCUGUGCCAUCCUGUCUACAAGCUCCUGCUUCCCCACACUCGCUACACGCUGCAGGUGAACACCAUCGCUCGAGCCACGCUGCUCAACCCCGACGGCCUGGUGGACCACGUGACGUCCGGCGGGAGGCAAGGCCUCCUCUACCUCAUAAGCACAGGUCUGGCCCACUUCACCUACACCGAUUUCUGCCUUCCGGACAGUCUGCGGGCCCGCGGCGUCCUGACCAUCCCCAACUACCAUUACCGAGACGAUGGCCUGAAGAUCUGGGCGGCCAUUCAGAGCUUUGUCUCAGAAAUCGUGGGCUACUAUUAUCCUAGCGACGCAUCUGUGCAGCGGGACACGGAGCUGCAGGCCUGGGUCGGCGAGAUUUUUGCUCAGGCCUUCUUGGGCCGGGAAAGCUCAGGCUUCCCGCAAAGGCUGUGCACUCCGGGAGAGCUGGUGAAGUUCCUUACUGCCAUCAUCUUCAACUGCUCGGCCCAGCAUGCCGCAGUCAACAGUGGGCAGCGGCCCCUGGGCACCUAUCCGGAUCAGCACUUCACCGAGGAGGCCCCUCGGCGGAGCAUCGCGGCCUUCCAGAACCGCCUGGCCCAGAUUUCGCAGGAGAUCCGGGAGCGGAACCAAGGCCUGGUGCUGCCCUAUGCCUACCUGGACCCUCCCGUCAUCGAGAACAGCGUCUCCAUUUAA